UGCUAAAGAUCUCAAGACUCACCGGGUGGAAAGCAGAAACAAAGUAAAGAAGAGAAUCUCAGCACAAGAGGUGGAGGCUAAGUUGAACAAAGAAAAUACAAGAAAUUGGAAAUUUCCAACCUCAAACUAUGUCUUUGCCAAAGCCGGAGGAGCAGCUAGCCUACGAGCUAAGCUGCCCCAUCUGCCUUCAGCUCUUCUCCGAUCCCUUGGUUCUCCCCUGUGGACACAAUUACUGCCGAUCCUGUAUCUACAAAACCACCGACAUCAAUGGCAAAACACUUCCACGGUGCCCAGAAUGCUGUGAGGAGUAUCAAGGGUUGGAAUCCCUGCAGAGGAACUUCAAACUCUGCAGCAUCAUCGAGGGUUACCGAGCCACAACUCUGCAGCUGGACCGGCAGCCUGACACUUGGAGGGUGGAGGUUCUCUGCGACCACUGCAUAGACGAGCGGUUGGCGGCCAUGAAGAGUUGCCUGAAGUGUGAGGUGUCGCUGUGUUCCAGGCACCUACAGAGGCACAAUGAGAAGGAGGGCUUCAGGGCCCACGCCGUGGUGGAGCCCAUGAACAAGCUGGAGCCCAGGAAAGAGCUGGAGAUGAAAGCCUGCGCCACACACAGGCGUCCCUUCGAGUAUUUCUGCUCCAACGACAUGACCUUGAUGUGCAGCACGUGCUUCAUGGAGGGACAACACCACGACCAUGAUGUUCUCACCUUCAGCGUCGCCGAGAAGGAGAUGAGGGCGGUGCUGGAGAGCCGCAGCAAGGUGGUUUCCUUCAGGCUGCAGAUCACAGAGAGUCUCCUGCAGAAGACAGCGGAGGAGAGAGGAGCGUUUGAAGCGAUCGGAGACAAACUGGUGAACAAGGCGGUCGCCAUCAUGGACAGUAUGGUUGCACUGGUGGACAGGUACAGGGAGCGCCUGCAUGUGCUGCUGGAGGAGGAGAGGUCCCUGCGCAGACAGAGCUGGCAGUUUGGACUGAAUGCACUGGAAGAGCAGCAGCAGCAGUUAGUGGAGGUCCAGAGAAGUGCCACACAGGUCCUCAGUGAGACAGACACAUGCGUCUUCAUACACAGGUUCAUGCAGAUUGAAAAUAAGCUGAAAGGAGUCGCCACAGCAGGCAACUUCCCCUCCGUGGUCUCCUUGAAGGCCCCGCUGAACACCAAGCGUCUGCAGGCAGGCCUCAAGACCCAAGACUUCCGCUCUGAAAUGAUCCCCCUCCUGAAUUCCCUCCAUAUCCUCCUGAACCCGCUGGACCUCACCUUCAACCUCUGCACCGCCCACCCCAACCUGAUAGCGUCUAAUGAUUUGCGCACGGUCAAGUACAGCCCCAGCAAGCAGUCGUACGCGGAGCACCCAGAGCGUUUUACAAGCGCACCCCAGAUUCUGUGCAGCCAGGGGUUCUCGAGUGGGGAGCAUAUAUGGGUGGUAGAAGUGGGACCCAACAGCAUGUGGUCCAUGGGUGUGUGUUACAAGAGUAUCCUUCGCCGUGGUGACCACAGUCGCUUGGGACACAACUCUGUUUCGUGGCGUCUGCAGUGGAAAAACAACAAGCUGACGGUGUGCCAGUCCUCAUGCAACGUGGCUCUGGGGGAAAUUACCAAUCACCCACUCAAGAUUGAGAUAGCACUGGACUAUGAGGCGGGGACUUUGAUGUUUCAUAACAUCAGAAGGCACAGAGAGCACCUGCACACCUUCAGGGCUGUGUUUAAGGAGCCGGUUUACCCAGCGUUCAGUAUCCAUUCAAACACACAAGAGUCCUGGAUCACACUGAACAGCGGGAUGUAAACACAACUUCUGUUGUUUGUUAUUUUACAUGCUUAGAAUACAUUUGGGUAUUCAAAUUGCCAACUUUUGUAACUCUUGUAUUACUUUCUCCUUGUUAAACGUCUGUAAUAAAAUGAACGUUUUAAAAUUGGCAGAUUUGUUAGGAAUCGAUCCUAAAUGUUGCUUUUAUGUGUCAUUGUAAAGAAAAAUAUUUCCCCACUCAGAAAUUAGAUUCUUGUUGUUGUGAAGGCCUAUCUAUUAAAUCCCUAUAGCUUUAUCUUUCAUUAACACAAAUUAAUGCUUUAUAAUGCCAUGCUUUUAUACGUAACCACGUCUGUCUUAUAUUAGCAUUUUAAUCACACAAGAAAAUUGUUUACAAAGCAUUUUUGGUUAUUGAUAUGGGGGAUUUUUGUGGAGUAUGUUAAUUUUUUUCAUACAUGAAUUUGGUUUGUGGGAUUUUCUUUGUCAUUUUUCUUAGGUAUAUAAUUUUAGAUGUUUUAUUGUGUCUAUGAAGUUACCUUCAUUUCUUUUUAAUUGUGUGUGAAUUGUCCGUCUAUGAUCUUUAUUUCCAGUAAACAUCGAUGUGCGUGAACACUGACCUUUGGGAUGAAUAUGAGACACAUAUUUGUGUUUAUGCAACAAAUCAAUACUUGGGAUAAUGAUUGUGCAUCCAAAUGUAUGUGUGUUUUACAUUCCUGCAUGCAAUAUGAUUCGCUCUUGGCAGCGAAAAAUACUGCUUUUUUAUCACUGAAAUAAAGUUUAUUGUAUUACA